CAUGAAACUUGCAAACAAGAAAAUAUUAAUCCCCUCCAAUUCUAACAGGAAUUCUCUGGAUCCGUUGUGUAUCUAUCAUAUACUAAUAUUUUUUUUUUAUUAGAGCAAAAUUUGUUUUGAGUUAUAGUGUUCUUCAUCUAUCAAGGGUCUUGUUUAAUUAUUUGGUGAUAGUUUCUAGGAAAUCUCAAAGAGAAUCCCAUGAAACUAUAUUGAUCCUUCCUUUUCUUUGCUUAAAAUUGUGUAAAUCUUGUUAAUCUAGCAAAUCUUUUCUUCAUCUUUGCCAGUAAAGUUCCUGUAAUUUUCUUGAGAGAAUUAGCAGCAAGGAGUUCCCAUAAGGCUAUUGAUCGUGUUAUUUAAAGAUCAUUGGCUCCUUUUAUUUUCUUGUUUAAAUUUGUGCAUAUAAACUUCAUCUUCUUUAGGCAUAUAACAAGGUGAGAAAUUUGAAACUAUGGAGGCCCGUUUUGCACCAUCAACAGCAGAUCGUCACCAAUCAAUCUCUCCAUCCAAGAAGCUGAAAAACCCAGCUAAGAAAAUCAACCACACUGCUAGUCGCAGUUUCAUUUCAAGGUCCGUAGAAAACUUGCCUCCUAUGAACCACAAUAACUACAGAAGCAACAGCCAUGGAGUCCUCUUUUUUGCUCCUCGACAUGAUUCCCUCUACUUCUCCUACCCUCCCCCAUCUUCACAAUCCGUUUUAAAUUCACACCAGCAAAAUUAUUACCAUGAGAGGCAUGCCAAGCCACUUUCUUUUCCUCUUCCGAUCUCUAAACCCCACCACAACUCCCUUCCUUCUCGAAGCUGGGGCCUCUCUUGCCCACCUUCUGCUACAAGAAAGAGUAAUAGACCCAGAGACCAAUCUCUCACUCCGAAGAAAUCCAAACAACCCAACACCAAAAAGGUAGAAGAGCCAAAGGAACAAUCUCUGAUUAUUGGAUCUACUGUACCAUUAGGACCUGACCCAAAAGAUUUGCCAAAAGAUGUUUCAAAGGUUUUAUCAUCGUCAUCAGCGACAGUAUCAGGUAAUGGUGUUAUUAUUAGUACUGUUUUAAUGGAAGAUUUUGAGAAGUUUUCAGGUUCGGCGUUUGCACUAUCUCCACAUCCAAGCAGCUUACCUUUGCCCAAGUUUUCCAUGAGACCAAAGCUUAGUUGUUCUGCUGAAGCUGCCGGGAUUGAUGCUGGAGCUACAGAUAAUCUCCGGCGACUUUUACGUCUCCGGUGAAGUGAAGUUAUUUCCUCUUCUUACUAUGUGGUGAAGUUAUUUAUCUGUAAAUAAAAAGCACAGCCGAGAGGCAUGUGCUUGCCUGGUUGUGGCUUUCUUCUUUUCUCUUUGUUGUUUCUCAAGGAAGUUUGUGUUCACCACCUGCGUUUUUGAAUUGGGGUGCACAAACAAAGUUACAAGCAGAAAGAAGCUUGGUAGUUUUCUUUUUUUUUU